CCGCCGCGGCCAUGGUGCUGAACCCGGUGAUCGGGAAGCUGGUCAGCAAGAGGGUGGUGCUGGCCAGCGCCUCCCCCCGCCGGCAGGAGAUCCUCACCAACGUGGGUCUCCGAUUUGAGGUAGUUCCAUCCUGGUUUAAAGAGACACUUGAGAAGUCAUCUUUUGCAGCCCCUUAUGAAUAUGCCAUAGAAACAGCAAAGCAGAAGGCACUUGAAGUGGCAAAUAGAAUGCAUCUAAAACACCUUAGAACUCCAGAUAUUGUUAUAGGAGCAGACACUAUUGUGACUGUCGGAAAACAGAUUCUGGAGAAACCGGUUGAUAAACAAGAUGCAUAUAAGAUGCUGUCAAGGUUGAGUGGGAAGGAGCACAGUGUCUUUACGGGAGUAGCCAUUGUUCACUGCAGCAGUAAAGAUAAUCAUCUGGAGACUGAAGUCACUGAUUUCUAUGAAGAGACAAAAGUUAAAUUUGCUGAGCUAUCUGAGGAGCUUUUAUGGGAAUAUAUUCACAGUGGAGAACCAAUGGACAAAGCUGGUGGUUAUGGAAUCCAGGCCCUUGGUGGAAUGUUAGUGGAAUAUGUUCAUGGAGACUUCUUGAACGUGGUGGGCUUUCCUCUGAAUCACUUCUGCAAAAAGUUAGCGGAGUUGUAUUAUCCACCCCUCAAACAUACCAUACAGCAUGUCAAGCAUGACUCUAUCCCCUCUGUCGAGACUUUUGAGAACCUCAGUGAUGGAGAGAGUGACUCUUCAAAUCCCAUGCAGCAUAAAAGUGCUAACAAAUUAGAGAGGAAUGGGGUGCCCCUCUCAGGAGCCAUUCAUACGCCAGUAAACAGUGGUAGCAUCAAGCCUGUUUGUACAGUGGCUGUGGAAAAUCAGAGUGGAGUGAUGGAAUAUCCAGCUAAAUUCCCAUCAAAAAUUUUGGAACUUAUGGAUGGCUUCAGAGCUUCAAAGAGAAUGGCAUCUUUCAGCGGCUGCACCAGUGACCCAGGCUGUCGUACCAGCGCACAUUCCAGUUACAGUAAUACAGAUUCAGCGAACACAUAUCUGGUGUCGGACAGAGAAUAUUCACUUCAUGGUUACAUUAUCCAUUGUAAUGACCGCCUUUGGCAUCUCUUUACACACCUGGAGGCUGCUGUCAAAGAGGGGACCAUGCAGACCCAUCAGGCUUUUGGAAAGGAAACAGAGGACUUGUUUCAGGAUUCCUGUUAUCACAGUGUGGAGGCAAAGCAGCGUUUCAUGACUGCCAUGCAUAGCAUUGCCAAAUUGACAGCAAGAGACGUGGCAACAUCUUUUGAUCUUUCACCGUUUAGAUCUGUCUGUGAUUUGGGAGGUUGCACUGGAGUUCUGGCCCAUGAGCUAGUACAAAAAUACCCAAACCUAAACAUAACUGUAUUUGACCUUCCAGACGUCAUUGCAAAUGUCUCUUGCUUUCAGCCUUCAGGACUGCACAUAACUCCAGUGAUGUUCACAGCAGGUGACUUCUUCAAAGAUAAUCUUCCAGAAGCAGAUCUUUACAUCCUUUCACUAAUUCUACAUGACUUGAAUGAUGAAAAGAUUCACAUAUUGUUAAGCAAAAUAUCAAGUAUUUGCAAACCAGGCUGUGGAAUUCUGCUGGCUAAAAUGGUGUUGGAUGAUGAGAAGAAAAGAAGGAGCACAGCUUUGCUGCAGUCCUUGAACAUGCUUGUCCAGAUAGAUGGAAAGGAGAGGAAUAGCUCCGAAUAUAGAUGUUUACUGGAACACCAUGGCUUCACAAAUGUAGAAAUUAAACUGACAGGAAAUGUGUUUUGUUUUCUGCACUAAGAAAUAAAGAAAUGUUAUUUGGCAAUAAAAACCAGAAUACAUCAGCAAUCGC